AUGGCUGUCUUCUUGCGCGGCUUGAGCCGCGCUGAUUUGCCUUGUGGGCGGACAGGAGGUUUAGUUUCUUUCUUAGGCAACAGCAGCAGCAACAGCAGCAGCGGUGGCAUCUGCAGCAGCAGCAGAAGCAGCAGCAGCUUCAAGCAAGCUCCUUCACCGUAUGCGAGUUUGCUUGUGGCCUGCAGCUACCUGCGUUUCUGCCUACAUGCGAGGCAGAGCGGAGGGCCCCUUGGGGCCCCUCAGCCCCGCCGCAGCCCCCAAACCCUUGAGGGUCUCCGGGGCCGCAGCGGUUGCUGGCAGCAGUUAACCACACCAAGCAGCAGUAGUAGCAGCAGGGGGAGCAUCCGUUGCUACAGCAGCAGCAGCAGCAGCAGCAGCAACUAUGUUGUGCGACUGGAGACAGACAAAGUUGCUGUUGAUGUUGCAGCAAAAACUACAGGUAAACUGGUGCGCAUUGCAGCACCAGCAGGCACCAAUGUCGUCGUGGGCGGAGAGCUCGCCGUGAUUGAACCUCUUGAUGCUGAUGCUGCAGCAGCAGCAGCAGCAGCUGCUGCCUCACCCCCCGUGCAGCGGCGCAGGCCCAGCAUUCUCUUUAGGAGUGUACGCAACAGUGCUGCUGCACCCGCAGCAGCAGCAGCAGCACCUGGAGCAGCUGAAAGCGCAGCUGCUGCCUCACCCCCCGUGCAGCGGCGCAGGCCCAGCAUUCUCUUUAGGAGUGUACGCAACAGACUGGAACGCCUCGGCCUCCUUCCUCAUCAGCAGCAGCAGCCUGAGCAGCAGCAGCAGCAGGGGAAACCACAAGGGGCGACAAGCAGCAGCCGCAGCCAGCAGCAGCACGGUGCUGCAGCAGCAGCAACGCCAUCAACUUCAUCAGGGCCCGGGGGUGUGACAGUCAUCAGGUACAGCGGAAUGGAGCAGCUGCCGCCGUCCCUGCAGCCGCGGGCUCUGAGCCCAGAAGAAAUUAAUAUUAUAAACGACGGGGGCCUCGCCAAUGCAGACACUGCAGUGCGCGCCUGGACCGUAUCCCUCUGCUUCAACCCAGCUUCUGCUGCUGCUGCUGCUGCUGCUGCUGCGGGGGGCAGCAGCAAGCGGGCCAAGAAGGGGGCCUCCUCCUAA